AUGCAAUCGAUGAUGCCGAUCACGACGUUAAUGAUUUCACAGAUCCCAGAUCACAUGGACGCCGACACCUUCAGGCGACAGUUGGACACCUGGGGCUUCGUUGGCACCUACAACUUCUUCUACAUGCCUCCAGAGACUUGCUACUUCCAGCGACUUGGCCGGAAAGUCGUGAUGUUUCCAUACAAAGCACGAGCCAACAGGUUCGUUGGCUCCGGUGACAUGGUGAACGGCCCCUUGAUUGUUCCCACGCCGACGCCGGCGGCCUGGGCCAUCAACGGCGCACAGGCAAUGAUGAACAGUCCGUCGGGCAAGUUUUCCCCACAGAUUCGUGGCCAAUUCCACAAAACCAAGAUGUGUGCCUUCCACAAGAAGAAGAAGUGCACAAUGGGCCAUGGAUGCCCCUUCGCACACUCCAGGGAAGAACUCAAUGCUCCUCCAGACCUCUCCAAGACGAAACUAUGUGUCAACUUCUUUAGGAAAAAGUGCAACGAUGCCAAUUGCAAGUUUGCGCAUGGGCACUCUGAGCUGCGGGCGACGGGCAGCGUCUACAAAACAGAGCUUUGCCGAGCUUGGGCAGCAAACAACUGCAAGGCUGGGGAUACUUGCCGCUAUGCGCACGGAGUGAAGGAGUUGCGGGGUGGCAUGUCAUCCAUGGGCGCAAACGGAAUGGGAUAUAUGGGCUACAUGGACGACGAGUUUAUGGCUCUGGAUGGGAUGGGUAUUGGCUGCGACGUGAUGGGUGGCUUGACGGGUAUUUGGGAGAACGAAGCCGCCAACGCCUCGGCAGUGGGAAGGUCUUUGAUCCGGGUGAGCGAUCUGGCAGAGCAUUCGGCAGAAGCAUUUCGUCAGGGCAACCUCAGAUACGUCUACGCUUUGUCCGGGGGACGGCAGACUAAGUCGGCAACAGACGGCACCUCCAACUGCGUGCUCGUGGCAUGCUUGUUGCACCUGGUUUUUGCGAUCAUGGUGAAUGUGGCAUGUGAGCCGAAGCGCAAGGUGGUUUUGCGAGUGAAGGGCACCUUCAUGGAGUGCUGUGACGGCUCGUUUCUGCGUGGGGCCGAGUCUUGUGAGAUGCUCUCCGUCAGCAUCAUGCUUCGUUAUGUAUGUGCACAUUGGCCUGCGCACCUGAUCUUGCUUGAUGGAGGGCACCUGUUCGUUCUGCAGCUUGGUAUGAUAUGCUCAAGCUGCGGCACGUACAACGAGGCAGGUGAUGGCAAGCAUGGCUCGAUUCCUUGUGCAAUCCGCAGGUUUUUGCCGGUUAGGCUUGCCGGUGAAACUUCAGAAAACCGGACGUGGCAUCAGGACCUGGAUCGGAGUGAGCCCUUCUUGUCCCACAGAUGCACACUUUGGAGCGGGAUGCCUUAUGUCGAUGUUCAUUGCCACCUUGAAGAAGUGGUCCAAGAAAUGAGACGUCGUCACGCAGUCCCGAGCCUGAAUAAGGACCCUGCGGACUUGACUGAAGAGGAGAUCUCCUUGUGGAAGGAAGUUGGUUGGAUGGAGGGGCCCGUUCAAGGACAACACUGGACGCAGACAUGGGAUCAACUGUCGGCACACCAGAGGAAUGCGGCCAUGUCUUUGGGCUAUACAGAGAGGAGCUGGAACCAGAACAAGUGGCUCCUGCCACGUCUGUCCUGGGAAGAGUUGGGCCCCACAACUCGGCGAUCACUAGUGGUGCUGGGUGAGACCCGAGAAUCAUGGGAUGGAUGGAGCAUGCAGUCCUGGAGUGCCCAAAGCACGCAGCCAGGAGAUUUGCACCUUGCGAGAAUGCAAGCUCUGAAUGAGACGCGCCCUUGGAGCGCACUCACUCCGAACCAGAGGAGCGCGGCCACUGCGCUGGGCUUUACGAAAGAGAUCUGGCUGUAUGAGGAAAUGGCAGAUCUGCACACGGUAGUGGACUCGCAUUUUGGUAAAGGCUUCGAGGGCUGCAUCACGCAAGGAUGCGACACAGAAUCUCUGUCCUUGGCGAAGCAUCUGGCGCUGAGCCACCCGCUGGUAUUUGUUACCUUUGGUUGCCACCCGAAGGCAGCGUGGUUCUACAAUGAUGAAUUCGAGGCUGCACUGUUGACACACAUCAGAGCUUGUGGCGAGAAAGUCGUUGGAUUCGGCGAGUUCGGGUUGGACUAUUCCCAUCCCUAUUUCGGACCGAAUGAGGAGAAUCGUCAGCAACAACGCGAGGUUUUUGUGAGGCAGCUGGAGCUGGCAGUAUCAUUGUCAAUGACUUUGGUCAUCCAUAGCCGAGAGGCUGAUGCGGACACGUUAAAGCUGAUGCGAGCCAGCGUUCCGAAAACUUACAAGGUUCAUGUGCAUGCAUACCGCGGGAGCAUCGUCUUCAUGAAGCAGCUGCUGGAAGAGUGGAGCCAGCUGUACAUCGGCAUGCCCGGCAUCGUGACAAUGCCGGAUGAGAAUGCGCAGGAGCUUGUUCAGCAAUGCCCUCUGGAAAGAAUGGUUGUUGAGACGGACGCGCCAUACCUGCCAAUCAAAGGCCACUGGUUAAGUCACCCUGGCCUCGUGCCGGAAGUGAUAGCCAAAGUCGCUGAGCUGAAAGGUAUGGAGCUUCAUCAUGUUGCAAGGGUACUCCGUCAGAAUGCCUACGUUUUGUACGGCAUCUGA